AUGUCUUCAAUACUUAUUCUUUUGACCGCUACAUUCUGUACAGGUCAGUGUUUACUAGUCAGGGAGACGGUAUACGGGAAAGUCAGUGGAAAAAUAUCUACACGUGUUCCAGAUAGACAAGUUGAAGAAUAUCUUGGUAUUCCAUAUGCAUCUCCACCUAUAGGUCAUUUACGCUUUCAGAGGCCGAAGGACCCAAUAACAUGGAAGCCUUCAAUUUUAGAAACGACUGAACUCCCACCAGCAUGUCCGCAGGCGGAUACCGACUAUAUAGAUUUUCAUAAACCGGGGUUUAUGAAAUUUGAUGAAGACUGUCUUUAUAUGAACAUUUAUGUACCAAAAGUUGAUAAAGUGGCACUGCCAGUUCUAUUCUUCAUUCAUGGAGGUUCAAACAGAGUCGGAAUGGGAGCCAUGUUUGAUGGAGAUAUACUUGCGGCAUAUGGAGAGAUAAUUGUUAUAACUUUCAACUAUAGACUUAAUGAUCUUGGGUUUUAUGCAGAUUCAAGUAUUGGAAUAAAGGGUAACAACGGUCUAAUGGACCAAGUUUUGGCUAUGAAAUGGGUAAACAGAAAUAUCGAGUAUUUCAAUGGCGAUCCAUCAAAGGUUACCAUUCAUGGACAUAGUGCUGGAGCUUGGGACGCGGCUCUUCACUUACUCUCAAGUUUAACUCAAGGUUUAUUCAGAAAUGCAAUUAUCCACAGUGGCACUCCAUUUUCCAUUCUGGCGUUAUCUCCUUGUGUAAGGACAACUCGAAUCUCAGAUAUCCCAGAAAACUGCAGACCUGGGACGAGUCUUGUUGUCGAUGAAGAAGAUCAGGACGCUAUAAAUAAAUUGAUAGAAGGAGAUUCUGUACAUGAAUAUCUUUUAACAGAUAGGCCUUGGCAAAAUUGGAUAGUUGUUGACGGUGAAUUUUUAACAGACAGACCGGAAUAUUUGUUUACUUGUGGACAAUUUCAUGCUGAUUCUGUGUUAAUAAUGAUGGCCCGAGAUGAAGCCUGGCCAUUAGAUAUCUCAAAACUAGAAAAAAUGGUUGAAAGUGAUCCGCUUUAUGACAAAAAUACAAUAAUAGAAAUGCUAGCAUUGGGAGUAUUUCCAGAAAGACCAGAAUUCAAAGACGCCAUUCAAGAAAAGUUGAAAGAAUGGAAAUCCCUAGAUCUUUUAACAUAUCCUGAAGCUGCGGUGAUGGUUUCAGAUGUGCUUAUGUUUGCGCCCAUAAUGAAACUUGCAGAUAUGAUUUCUCAAAAGAAGAACGUUCAUACACUCAGUUUCGAGUAUAUUUCUCAGAAUUAAAGCGGACCAGAUUGGAUAGGGGUACAACAUGGUUGGGACUUAUUUUACGUGUUUGGCUUACCAACUAUUGGACACCCAAACUUCUCAUAUACGCCACGAGAUGCAGAUGUGUCUAAAACAACAAUGAGAAUCAUAAGCGAUUUCGUCAAAGACGGGCAUUGGGGAUCAUAUAGUGGGUUGAAUAUCUACAAUCCGGAAAGAAAAUCUUACAACAAACUGGAUUAUGCAAAUGACCAAGUCGUUUUAACAAACGAAUUCAACUUUAAACAACCAAG